AUGCUCCGAAUCAAGCAAGAGUCUUCUUUUUCUGCUCAACAGUCAGAGCAACAAUACGUACCGUUGAAAAAAGUAUGUGUCAAAGCCUACAUUAAAUCGUUUGCUGCCGAUGUAACUCUGAAACAAAUUUUUCGCAACGAUGAGACAAACCCAAUUGAAGCCGUCUACUGUUUCCCAAUAGAGGAACAAGCAGCAAUUUACUCAUUUGUUGCUCGAAUUGAUGAUCGAGAAAUUGCUGCACAGCUGAAAGAAAAAAAGAAAGCACAACAGGAAUACAGUGAUGCUCUUCAACAAGGUCAUGGUGCAUAUCUACUCGAACAAGAUGAAAAAUCGCAAGAUAAUUUUAUUAUCAAUGUUGGUGCACUACCACCCGGUAAAGAAUGUCACAUUGAUAUAUCGUACGUCUCCGAACUGGAUUUGGUUCACAAUGGAAGCCAAAUUCGCUUUGUUAUUCCAACAACUAUCGCACCUCGCUACAAUCCAGACAAAGGUGGUAUUAGUUCACCGGCUGGUACUACGUCAAAAUACGUUCAAACAGUUCCAUACACAAUUGAAUUUCACUGUCAAGUAGAGAAAAACAACGUCUCUCGAAUCAGCUCGACGUCUCAUCCGAUUCAGGUUGGAGUUGGUCAAGAGAAUGUCUAUGUCGUCGAAUUCUCUCAACAAAACACUCAUCUCGAUCGAGAUAUCUUAGUAGAUAUAGAGUUAGUUGGCAAUCGUUCGAAUACCAUUGCUGCAGUAGAACCUGGUGCCAUUAUGGCUUCAUUUAUACCAACCGAAGCAGAUUGCCAACGUGUAAUGAACAAUGUAGAGACGAACAAUGAAUUUAUAUUUGUUGUUGACUGUAGUGGAUCGAUGGAAGAUGAGAAUAAGAUCGGAUUGGCACGAGAAGCCAUGUUACUCUUUCUCAAGAGUCUACCAGUGGAUUGUCAUUUCAAUAUCAUACGAUUCGGAUCCAAUCAUGAAGCAUUAUUCAAAGAGAUCACUGCUAUUUACAAUGAACAGAAUGCUAAAAAAGCUGAACAACUAAUCAAUCAGUUACGAGCUGAUUUGGGUGGUACUGAAUUAUUAGGUCCACUUCAAUGGUUAGAACAACACCCUCCAGGACAAGGUCGUGCGCGACAAAUAUUUUUGUUGACUGACGGAGAAAUUUCAAACGUCAAUGAAGUACUCGAUCUGUGCCGUUCAAUGGCUACUUCCACACGAAUCUUUUCAUUUGGUUUGGGUCAUUCACCAAGUCGUUCGCUGGUCAAAGGCCUUGCUAGAGCAACAAACGGUCGUUUUGUUUUUAUUCCACCUAACAGUAGUGUCGACGUUCACGUUGGUGAACAACUACAAAAAGCUCUCCAAUCUUGCAUAACGAAUAUAGAAGUGAAAUGGAAUCUGGGUACUGACGUUAUGAGUGCUCCUACAAAAAUGCCACCAGUCUAUGUUAAUGAUCGUCUAAUUGUCUAUGCACUUGCUAGUGAUCCAAUGUUUGUCUUCGAUCAUAAUUCCAGUAUCGAAUUACUUAAUGAUAAAAGCCAAUUGGGCAGGGCAAAUAUCGAUACAAUACCGAAUGUUAGUGCUAAUGGAACCAUUGCUCGACUCGCUGCCAAAGCACUCAUUCUCGAAUUACAACAUUCGAAACUAGCCUCAUCGGUCAAGCAAAACAUUUCGGGUUCGCUACAAAAUCGAUUCCAGAAAGAUCAUCCAUCGCCGACGCCAGCUACAACAAGCGAAGAGAAGGAAAUCAUAAAGAAACGCAUCAUUGACCUUUCACUGAAGUAUCAAAUUUUAAGUCCUCACACUGCUUUCGUUGGUGUUGAAAAACGAGUGAAUGCUAGUAAUAAUGAUAUGGUUUUACGCGAAGUACCAAUUCAAAUAUCGGCUGAUGAUGAACACUUACAGGUACCCCACUUUAUGAAUUUUUCUGCCGGUAUGAUGCCACGUCCUGCGAUGGCAUAUCGUUCAAUGGCACCACCAAUGCCGAUGGCUUCAAUGCAGCUAUUUGACCAAACCAUGGACAUGUGUUUUUACGAUUCAUCAGCAAUGCUUCAAUCAGAAUCUUGUUUAUAUGAUAUGGAGAAUGAAGACAUGUCGCCGACCGCCAUGACAGAGUCUAACGAUUUAAUGUCGUUCACUGACAAUGCUAACUAUGAUACAAUCUAUUCACAUCAGCAGUCUUUGAUUGGCCAAGAAAAAGAUGAGGCAUGGCCUACUGGAGAUCAAAAUAUUGUUCGCUACUUGAUCAACAAGCAAAAAUUUGAUGGUUUAUGGGAUUUAGAUGCAAAAAGUGUAGAACAAUUGACUGGAAAGCCACUGACAAGUUUUCCAUCAUUCAACAAUCAGCAAGUUCUCAUUUCAGCAAUUGUCGUUGUCGCACUUGAAACGCGUUUCGCCACAAUGUCGACAAUGUGGCAUGGUGUAGUGCAAAAAGCUCGCAAACGCCUUCUCGAUUUACUCGGCAAAGAUGCUAAACAACUUCAAUCGUUAUUGGAGAACAUUCGUCAGCAAUUUUAA